AUGUCGUUUUGAAGCACCACUAUCAAAAAAAUCUCUGCAAAUUUCUAUCCUCUCCUUCUCCUCCUGUGCAGCAAAAUCAGAACAAAAGCUUCUUCUGUUCACCUCCUCCGCUCGCCUCCUUAUACAUAUGUGUUUGUAUAUAAUUUACCAUGGCAAUUCUGACUACAUUAGCAGGCAGCCACAACCUCUUUUCAAACUUACCAACCAGCGCGCCACCAGCGUCACGCCCUAAUCAAUCCCCACCGCCACCACAGCCUCCCAUCCCGAUUCCCAAAUACCCACCUCCAUUAAAAUCCAGAAACUCCAAAACCCACCAAAAACCUUCCCCUAAACCCGACCAAAAGAGCCCAACUUUCAAGACCCCUCACAGGAACACCAAGUACUACAAGCCCAUCAAGCAUGGCCAAGUCAUCUCCGCCGACGGCGACCGCUCCGUCAUUGUCGGCGAAAAUGGUGUAUCUUAUCGUCUUCCUGGAGCUCCAUUUGAGUUCCAAUUCAGUUACUCUGAGACCCCAAAGGCUCAGCCUUUAGCAAUUCGAGAGCCGCCUUUUUUGCCUUUUGCCCCGCCCACCAUGGCGCGACCUUGGACUGGGAAAGCCCCAUUGAAGAAGGCCAAGAGGAAUAUUAAGCUUGUUGAGCCAUCGGAUGGACGAGUGAGAAGAAAUGAUGAUAAUGUAGCUAAGCAUUAUGAGAUGUUGAAGGCUUAUGAGCUGGGGAAAUACAAAGUCAGGCCUAGAGAAGAGGUUUUGGGAAAGCCAUUGACGAGGGACGAAAUUAGAGAGCUUUUGAAGCCUUGCAUUUCCAGCAACAGACAGGUUAAUUUAGGUCGGGACGGCCUCACGCAUAACAUGUUGGAGUUGAUACAUACACAUUGGAGAAGGGGACCUGUUUGUAAAGUUCGGUGUUUAGGUGUUCCAACUGUUGACAUGGACAAUGUGUGCCGUUGUCUCGAGGAGAAAACUGGUGGAAGAAUCAUACACCGUGUCGGUGGUGUGGUCUACAUUUUCAGUGGCAGACACUAUAACCACAGUACCCGUCCUCAAUACCCAGUGAUGCUAUGGAAACCAGCCACACCUGUUUACCCAAAACUCAUACAAGAAGCACCAGAAGGUUUGACAAAAGAAGAAGCUGAUAAAUUGCGAAUGAAGGGGAAAAAUUUACUCCCAAUAUGUAAAUUAGCAAAAAAUGGGGUGUAUGUUUCCCUGGUGAGGGAUGUCAGACAUGCUUUUGAAGGAUGUGAAUUAGUGAAGAUUGACUGCAAGGGUAUGCAUGCAAGUGAUUACAAGAAGAUUGGUGCUAAAUUGAAGGAAUUGGUUCCCAGCAUCCUGUUAUCCUUUGAGGAUGAACAGAUAUUGAUGUGGAGGGGGAAAGACUGGAAAUCAAUGUACAGAAAUGAUGCUUCAGGUCUUAGAUCUGCUUUCCAUGGUAUAGCAAAUAGCAUGACUUCUUCAGAUUCUGGAAGUUCUGAUCUUCACAAGUCCGAUGGUAAAAUGGUGAACUCAAGCCCUAAAAUGAUGUCCUUGUGGCAAAAGGCAAUUGGAUCGGGCAAGGCAUUAUUGCUAGAUGAGAUUGAGCUUGGUCCGGAUGAGCUUUUGGAGAAAGUAGAGGAAUUUGCGAGUAUUUCACAGGUGAAAGAGCACUCAUAUCCAGCCUUGAUCGCGACUAAUGGAGUUGCUAUUGAUCCAGAUGGUGAUACAGAGGAUGAAGCCGACGGUGAAGAUGAGACGGGUCCAGACAGUUUUGACGACUCAUUUGAAGCAAUAGAAUCGUCAGUUCCAUUAGGAUCAUUACCCAUUGAUGCAAUUACAGAGAAUUUCAGCGACCCUGACGAAUACUUUUGAAGAUUCCCCCCAUGUUGUAUAUCGUAGAAAGUAAUAAAUUAUUUAUAAAAUCUCACGUCCAUGCUAAUUCAUCAUCUCAA